AUGCCCAAGGAACACAAGAAGCGCGGUCGCCGCGAGGAGCAGAAAAAGCGCAAGAGGGACGCCGACGACGAUGCCAGCUCCAAGCGCCCCAAGCAUGAAGAUUCUGACCUGCUCCAUGUCCAAGAUUCAGUCCAGGAACUCGCCAAUGGCCAAAUCAGCCGCCCCAAUGAGUCGCCUUUUUACGGAAUGCUCGACGAGCAGGAGCAGGAGUAUUUCAAAAAGGCCGACGAGAUGCUCGAGUUAAACCAGUUCGAAAGCACCGAGGACCGUGACAUCUUCCUGGCCAGUGUGUGGAAAGAGGCAGACAGCAAGGAAUUGAAAAUCGCCAACAGCCAGUCCUCGCGCCUACUUGAGCGCCUGAUCCUCCUAUCCUCGCCAGACCAGUUGAAAAGUCUGUUUCAAAAAUUCAGCGGACAUUUCCUCAACCUCGUCCAGAAUCGUUUUGCCUCCCACUGCUGCGAAGCACUUUUCAUAAAAGCUGCCCCUGCCGUUACGGAAGAGACUGUCAAAGCGGAACCUCUGCAGACCCCACCCGCCUCCGACCCCGAUGAAGUCGUCGUCUCGAUGGAAAAUCUCUUUCUCUUUACACUGGGCGAGCUCGAGGGAUACAUGGGUUUUUUGAUGACGGACAAGUACGCCUCUCAUGUACUCCGGGUGUUGCUUAUAAUCCUUUCAGGUGCGCCGUUGGAGAAACAGACAAAGUCUGUCAUGCAGAGCAAGAAGAAGGAAAAAAUUACUGUUUCUGGCGCAGAAAAGGGUCAGGAGCGUGUCUUGGAGGAGAGGGUUGUUCCCCAGUCUUUCCUGGACGCCCUGGAAAAGGUCAUUAGUGAUAGUGUCUCGGGCAUAGAGUCGCAUUACCUUCGUUCACUCACCACACAUCCGCUCGGUGGCCCAACCCUGCAGCUUCUUCUCAAGCUGGAAUUGGCGCAUUUCGGAAAGUCUCGAGCCAAGAACGAAAAGUCUAUCAUUCACCGACUGCUUCCUGACAACCCCAUUGCCGAAGGAACUGAAAGCGCCAUCCUCAUCAACGGUCUGGUAUAUGACACGGUAGGAUCCCGCCUGUUGGAAACAAUUAUCGAGAACGCGCCGGGUAAAUUGUUCAAGGCCAUCUAUGGAGAAUUCUUCAAAGAUCGCAUGGGCAACUUGUCACGCAAUGAAAUCGCGGGAUACGUGGUAGGUAAGAUUCUUGAGAGGCUCGGCAAAGACGACCUAGAAGAAGCUAUGCGCCAAAUCGUCGACCAGAUUCCCAGCCUAGUCGAACGCAACCGAACCGCUGUCAUCAAAGUGCUCAUUGAGCGCUGUGUGGCACGUGAAGUCAAUUGCGCACCCAUCACAGCACAACUUGAGGCCGCUUAUGCUGGUUCGAACGGCUUUGAAGUCACCCGCAUCCUUCGACUAAAUGAAGAAGAGGGAAAACUACGCGCCAGGCAUGUUCAGUCACCGGAAAAGGUUCAUGGAUCUCUGCUAGCACAAACCAUGAUGACCGUUGAUGGACCCCUUGGUCAGCUUGUGUUUGACUCUCUUGCCAACUUGUCGCCUGAGCUUGCCACUCAGCUGGCUCGUGACCCAACAGCAUCCAGGACACUUCAAGCAGCAUUAAUGUCAGAGAACGCGUCCGUCAUCUUCCGCCGCAAGAUGAUCCAACUAUUUUACGGUAAAAUUGGUGAGCUUGCACUCGACCCAGCAGCAUCGCACGUCAUCGACGCAAUCUGGCAGGGCACAGCCGGUCUGGCCUUCAUCCGCGAGCGCAUCGCCGAGGAGCUGGCGGAAAAUGAGAGUUCACUGCGUGAAUCUCAUGUAGGCCGUGCUGUCUGGCGAAACUGGCGCAUGGAUCUCUACAAGCGUAGGCGUAACGAUUGGGUCACACAAUCCCGCUACACAGCCGGUAAUCAAGGCUUCCAGUCAUUCCCAGAGGGCACUAGUGAUGCGCCUCAAAAUCCCAAGGCGGGCAGGCAGCUGACAGCUAUUGAGCUGGCAAGGCAGAAGCAUGCAGCUGCAAAGGCUACACAAGGAAAAGACGGCAAAAAGUCCAAGAAGGGAAGCCAAGCUACAAACGGUAGCCUCCUUGAUGCUAUCCAGGAGUUGAUCAUCCCGUUCAUUCGCUCUGCAGACGAAGAUGCUGCCACUAAGCACACCGGACAUGGUCUGCGAAUAGAAGGUAGUGGUGGCCCAAGAACUACAAUUGUUGAGCAUCACCCUCCCAAGAAACUGGAAUCGAUUCUCAGCGAAGAGUUGGAAAUCAAUGACAAAAAAGUUGGGAAAGAUGGACUAGUCAAGCUGGUGAGCACCGUGUUAAAAUAUAGCGUCAACACUUGGGAUCAAGGGUUCCUGGACAAAUUAUAUGCGAGUACGAACGCUGUGGGUGUAGUCAGCGAGCUGCUUUUGGCUGUGCUGAACACAAAUGCCCAUGUCUACCACGUCUCGCCCGUACUAACCCUUGUUGAAAAACGAACAACAAAGUACCUAGCUUCUCUCUUUGGCCUUCCAGAGAAGACUUGUGGAGGAAUCUCCCAACCAGGUGGCAGUGCCGCCAACGCCUCUGCCAUCGUCAUCGCUAGAAACACUCUAUUUCCAGAGACCAAAACUGACGGCAAUGGAACUCACAAAUUUACCCUCUUCACCUCAGCCCACGGCCACUACUCCGUCGAAAAGGCCGCCAACCUCUUCGGCCUCGGCUCUAAAAACGUCAUCGCCGUCCCUGUCGACGAUGAUGGCCGCAUGAUCCCCUCUGAACUCGAGCGCCUCGUCACCGAAUCCAAGACCCGCGGCGAAACCCCCUUCUUCGUCAACGCCACAGCAGGCACCACCGUCCACGGCUCCUUCGACCCCUUCCCCGCCCUCUCUUCAAUCUGCAAAUUGCACAACCUCUGGCUCCACAUCGAUGGCUCCUGGGGCGGUAGUGUUAUCUUCUCUCCUACCUACGCCCCUGCGCGUCUUGCAGGCUCCCACCUCGCAGACAGCAUAACCGUCAAUCCACAUAAAAUGCUCGGCGUUCCCAUGACUAGCAGCUUCUUGCUCGGCAGAGACAUGAAUUCCUUUUACCACGCCCUUACGCUCCCCGCAGGCUACCUCUUCCACAACGCCCCCGGCACAGAUGCACAGGAUAUAUACGACCUAGCAGACUUGACACCCCAGUGUGGUCGCCGCGCAGAUAGUUUGAAGUUCUUCCUCGCACUGCAAUAUUAUGGCCCCCAGCAUUUCAGCGACUUGGUCGACAGAGCCUACGACAACGCAGAGUAUCUGCUGCAAAAACUCAAGGAUAGCGGCAGUUUCAAGACGAUUAGUCCGGAGCCGCUGCCUUGUUUGCAAGUGUGCUUUUACUAUGCCAAGGGUGGGUUGGUGAGCGAGGAUUCGGAGAAGAAUAGUCAGGCUACGACGGAGAUUGCGCACAGAUUGGUAGGUAGGGGGUUCAUGGUUGAUUUUGCGCCCGGUGAGCAAGGCAAGUUUUUUAGGGUUGUGGUGAAUGGUAAUGUGGGCAGGAGGACAAUGGAUGGCUUGGUGAAAGCGAUUGAGGAUGCGGCAGCGGAGUUGAGGUUGUGA